ACUUUCUUGAGCCUCUUGCUCCGGUUCCUUCUUUCUGUUUUUCUUUCUUCGCGUUUGGCGCUGCUCGUCAUGUCCAAGUCUGAUCAAGAGACCACGGAGAGCGGGGACGGAAGCUUGGCAGCCACUUACAUCCUAAUCCACUCCUUCCUACUGAAGCACUCUCAUUCAAAAGCCGCCAAGGCACUCCAAAAGUCUGCCAGGGACGUCGUCGUCCUCAAAGAUGCAACGGAGUCCGAUGGUCUCUCGUUGGACGAAAUAGUCAAGGAGUGGAAGAAGCUGAAGGCGAUCGUGGCCUCUUUCGAAUCAUCAAGCUCCGAGUCUGACCCGUCCUCAGAAGACUCGGACUCGGACGACUCCGACAAAGAUGAAGCGGCCGAAAAGCCUGCUAAGGAGGGAUCCAGCCCAUCGGAAUCUGACGAGCUAGACUCUGACUCCGACGAGGAAAUGGAAGAGGCCAAACCCAUUCAAAAGUCUAAGAGCUCAAGCAAACUAGAUGCCUCCGAGAAACAAGCGCCCGCUGUCGGAGACUCGAGCGCGACGCUCUCUUCAAACGAAGAAUCGAGCACGAGCGAUGCAGAGUCGAGCGAUGAGGAAAGCUCGACCGAGAACGCCAGUGCGAAGGCCAAGGUGAAGGCCCAGCCGGUGAAAUCUUCCGCCAAAAAGGUGGCGGGGAGCAAAGCUGAGCCAAUACCGAGUGACUCUGAGUCGAGCUCGAGCUCCAGCGACGACAGCGCUUCGUCUGAGUCCGAUGCUAAAACAAAGCCCGAGUCGACGCCCAAGUCAAAGCCCAAGUCUGACUCCUCUUCAGGGUCCUCCUCUUCGGAUUCAGAUUCGGACGACGAGACCGCGCCGACGACCAAGCUGAAGACCUCGAAGGCCGUGAAAUCCAAGGCGAAGCGCGCGUCGCCUGAGCCUGUCAUUGAGGAACGCAGCGAGCGGGCCACAAAAAAGCGGCGCACUACCGAGGACGGGACGGCCGUGACCACUGCGACCACGUCGGAGAGUCAGUCGCCGCAACCCCAGACCAAGAACGGGAAGAACGGGAAUGGGAAGCCGCCGCGAAAGACGAACACGCCGUUCCAGCGCGUCAAGGUCGACCAGGUUCAGUUUACUGACGAACGAUUGAAGGACAAUACGUUCGAGUCGAGGAAUGCGUCGAUGGACGACUAUGGCGCGAAGGCUAGUCGGGAUCUGAUCGUGACGCGUGGAGACGGAUUUAGGAAGGAGAAGAACAAGAAGAAGAGGGGGUCGUACAAGGGAGGCGAGAUCACGAUGGGUACUCACAGCUUCAAGUUUGAUGACUGAUUUCGAAAUGGAGUGGCUCCGAGGGGACGCGGUGGUCGCAUGUGUAGAGAUGUACUGACGCUUUGCUGUCUUCGCUCGUAGAAUGUCUGUUAAUAUGAUAAUAAGAUGAUC